AGGACAAGAAGCAAGUCCUGAUCCAUAUGGAGAGAGCCGAGAAGGCAAAGGUAAGUUCAAUGGGAUGUACGGUGCAGUGUGAACCUUUUCAUUUUUACAAAGCACGAAAAUAUAAGAAAGACGUCCCUCCAGGGCAGGUCUGGAAAUGCCAUAUUGGUAAUGACUCUUACAUAAAUUUAACUCAGCAGACGCUUGUUUAUUUUGAGUUGCAAAAUCGUAAGGUCAUUCCUCUUGUUUAACUUUAUAUUGGUAGUUUAACUGGAAGGAAUUUAACACGUGGGGUCCCCGUAUACUCUUUUAGGUGAAGCGGCACAUUGUGUGUAGCUAGUACAUGUUUCAACAUGUUUCCGACGGCUGCUUCUUUUUUGGGACGAGGAAUUGUUUCAUAUUUCUUCUCCAGAAAGAAAAGUUUUUGCUUAAUUUUAUGAGAAUAAAAUAAUGAGUCACCAUACUCGUUUACGUGAAAAAAAUGGCGAUUUACAUCUUUUGGUGAGAUUUGGCCAUAUAACAAAAGCCGCCAAUUUUUUCAUCUGCACCCAUUUAUCACGCGUGAAUCCCAAAGUAAUAGCAAAAAAUAUAUUUCAUUGUUCACUUGGAGAGCCCUCUUACCAUGGAACGCCCUGGAGGACUUAUUCUCAGUACUCAGUCAUUAUCUACAGUAUUCAUAGAGGUACAGAUAGUUAAGUUGUAGAAAUGGAGAGAGCUUUUGCUGUAAUUUAUUAGCAGAAAAUAUCCAUUCAUUAGUGGCAGUAGCUGGACCAAUAGUGUUAAGGUAUAAUUAAGAUUGCUCUCUGACUAAUGGAUUGAAAAAAAAAUACAGGCGUCGAGAGGCCCUCUACACAAGGCUGCUAUCAAUGGACAGUUCGAAACAAUCAAAGUACUUCUUGAAAGGGGUGAAGAUGUGGAUAAAAAAGAUCAGGUUUGUGUCUUGUACAGUUUAAUAUGUUAAUAUGUUUAUCUCCUCUCCUUCGAUCUCUGGCCAUGGCCUAAACUGCUUUGGUUUAUUUUUAACUUAAGUGCACACUCAUCGACAUGUCAGAAGAUUCAAAACGUCCUCGACCUUGUCCUUACAUCGACACCUGUUUUAGUCAGCUACGGUCUUAUCCACUCCAAUCAUUUAGAUGUCACUUUUAUCAAGUAGAAAAGCUCUGAGAUCCAAACAACCUAGGACAUUGAGAUUCUUAAGGCACUAACGAGAGACUGCAAGAUGCUUAUUUGCUCUAAAUAUAACCAAUAUUUUUCAUACCUCUCCUGUGAAAUUUCUCAGACACGGGACACAGAAAGUAUGCUUUGUCUGGAUUAACUGAUGUUCACCGAUUUAAGAGGACAUAUAUGAGCUUUUCGUUGGGACAGACGAAACUGUCCGUUAUAUAUGGGUGUCCGUAUUAAGCGGGUGUCCGUUGGGCGGGGCUCCACUGUACUUGCCCGCCAAGGAAUUAUGAAGGAAGGCCAAACGAAGAAUGGAAAUGAUAUAGAUUUAUUUUUCUUUUUUGUUGUUGUUUGCUUUUUUCUACGAUAGCAUCCUGAAAAUGUUCUGAAAGAAUGUUUCCCUGAUAUAAACUGACUAUCAGCAUUCUCAAUGAAAAAAUGUUGGCCAAGUUUUUGUAAUUCUUAAUGGACGGUGACCUACAACGUUGCAAUUGGGCUCAAUUUUAGUGUUACACUUGGUUUCUUCCUUGUAAACUAGCUAACAAAGACAUAGUAAAGAGGCUAAAAAUUAGUACAACAACACGCCCUCCAUUUAUUUUAUAAUAGGCCAUCGUUACACUGCACUAUGUGGUUUAUUUCAACCUCCAUUUAUGUCUUUCUCUCGUUUAUAUUACGUUAAACUGAGGUACUGCAUUGGCUGUGCUCUGUUUACUGGGCAAUGAAGACACAGAUGCCAUAUGGGUGAAACUAGCUAUAGGUCGACGUCCUUUCACACUGAAGUAGCGAGGCAGAAUGACACAUAACUGCGCGUCCCCGCGUGAUCAACAAUGCGCCCUAUAGGGGGGUACAAAGGAUUGCCCCCAACCACUCACCCUGUCCUGAAUUGAUAAUUACUCAUUCAAGUGAAAAACCCAUUUUAAAUAAUCGAUUGACAACACUUCUCGGGUAAGGACAUAAAAAUUCUAUUUGCUAACAAAUAUUUCUUGGAAAAACUACGUUUUUUGUCCUCUUUUCUGUAGUUUUCUUUGACACCUCUUCAUCUUGCCUGUUGGUAUGGACAGGAAUCUGUGGUCAAAUUGUUUUUAGAACACGGUGCGAACGUCAACGCUAAGGACAGGGUGAGUCAGUGAACUUUCUUCAAUUGAAUAAUAUAGUGCAAUGAAGGGGUGGGGUAAGGGAGGUUGUUGUUUGUCCAGUAUUACUGAUUCACACAGGAAUCUCUUUAUGUUGGCCAAUUAUUAAAUUUACCCUAGCAACAGUAUUGAUACAAGCGCCUAUUUUACUAUGGUACAUAGCACAUUUGUGUUAUUCCAAUGGUAAUUUGUUAGUGAAGGUUUUUUGUGCUAAUACACAAGUUUUUAUUUGUUAUUCACCGGAAAAAUGGGUGGUAGAAAUCUUUGAUUUAAAAACAGUAUCAGGGAAGAACAAAAUUAAACCGUAAGUUGAGAACAAAACUUUCGAAAUUUUUCCUUCAUUUUUUGCGUUUUUAAUACCUUCACAUCUUACAAAUAUUUACUUAUUACGAACUUUACGAACUUUUUAGAGUCCAGUUUCCCUUAAUCUGUUUCCUCUUGUUCGGGAUCAGACCCAAAAUUAUUAUCCUAAACAGCAACAAAAACAACAACUUGGUGUGGCUGAAAAGGGGAAAGUUUGUCACAAAGUUCUCAACUGAAUCUUAAAAGGUCGGCCCCAUUUACUCCUGGAUUUUUGUGAGCUAAAAAGAACUCACCACCAGGGUGGUACACAUACCGGUAUGGAGGAGGGAGUUUGGCCUAUUCCAGGGCCGACUGUGACCGUUCUUGGGUAAAUAUGGAAGGUGCACAGACCGCAAUAGGGAAUGGAGUUGGGCCUCACCUUAACGUCGACUGUGACCAAUCGUGGGCCUCUCUAGGGCCCCCACUAUAAAACGUAUAUGUAUAUUCCAGGGGUACAAAAUGUCGAGUCUAUUGGGCAAAAGUGUGAUGAGAGGAGGACUUUAUCCCAAUUCUCACCUUUUUUGAAAAUCACAACUGUCUUCAGAGUAGAAGUGCAAGAUAGAGACAACCAAAUUGACUAAUUAGAUGUCAUAUCAGUGCAUCAGGUUGAAACUCUAAACCGAAAGGGACAUCCACGUGUUGACGCCGAAAUUGAUUACUGUAGUGGGUGGGAUGGAAGGGAAAAGAAAACAGAGUGAUGAAGCAUAUCAUGGGAGUGUAAACUAAGGAACAUGGCAGAGUGCCAUGUGAUUGGUCAAAUAAACAACGAAUAGUUCAUGGGGUUCAGUUCACGUGAGGUUGCACGUGAAAAUAACUGGACAAAGGACAAAGCUCAACGAAGAGUUGUUAAAUAACUAAAAUUUAUUUCCGGUGAUCAGUAAAUUAUGAUCUCUCAGAACACGUUUUGAUUUGAACGUUUCAUUGCACUAGAAUUUGCUCUAAUCCCAACUGCGAAAUCGGCCUCUAACUCUUACCUAUAUCACCCUUUACGUUACGUUGUGUAGACAAAGCGGAGAUAUGCAGUUAUGUAGAAUUACCGUUGUUAAAAUGUUUCUAUGAUAAAUAGUCAAAAGUGGGUAACACAAUUAACUCUGCUUCGAUAUAAUGUUUUUAGUUUCAGCGUACUCCUCUGCAAAAAGCCGAACGUCAGAACCACCAUUCCAUAGUGCAGUUGCUUCUGAAGAAUGAUGCCAGGCCGUGUCCUCAUCAACCAGUAAGUUAUGGCAGAUUGUGCCCGAAAAACUGUCUCACAUUUCUGCGUCAACUUAUGAGGUCAUAGACUUGUAACGACAACAACCGCUACCACCACUUCAUUUUGUGUAGAACACGUAUAUCUGCAAUAUGAAUACAGGGCAACCCGUGCAAAAAUCUACUUACAUGUAGUAUAAAAUGGAUUUCCUCUUUAUCACUUUCUCUUAUAAACUUGGUCAUUUUUUAACAGGUCAGUCUAAAAAAACUCUCAAGGAAAGCUUUCACGCAAUUGGAUAAAAAGGCUGGAUUUAAUCUACUCCAGGCGGCGGCUGUCUUAGAGGAAGAAUAUGACAUUGUUUUAAAAGCUCAAGGACUUCCAAGUUUUAAAAGUAUCAAAAGACUUCAUAAUGAGUGUGCUAAGCACAACCGUAGACAGACUAAGCUGCAGUGGGCUACAUGUAAUGAUGAUGCGGAACAAGCUGUUGAGCUUGUAUUAAAUGACGGUGUAGAUAUUAAUGCCCGAGCGUCAGAUAAUGAUUACACAGUUUUGAUGCAGGCGAGUCGUUCAUCCUCAAGUCAGUUCAUUGAGACCCUCAUUGAUCUUGGGGCCGACAUAAAUAUCCAAAGAAAAAAGAGUAAAGAAACACCAUUAAAAUUAGCGGCUGUUUGGAACAACUAUAUGGCAGUGUGCUUGCUAGUAAGGCACGGAGCUUAUGUAGAUGUUCAGGACAGUUUUGGAUUCACACCACUACACAUUUCAGUCAGAAGAGGUGGCGGAAAUCUUAUCAAAUUACUACUUGCAAACAAAGUAGAAGUAAAUAUUCAAGAUAAUGAUGGAUAUACACCCUUGCACCGGUGUGCCAGAAAGGGUUACGAUAACCUCUGUAGAUUGUUACUUGAACACAACGCGGAUGUAAAUAUUCAAGAUGCAGAUGGAUAUACACCCUUGCACUUGUGUGCCAGAAAGGGUAACGAAAACAUCUGUAGAUUGUUACUUGAACACAACGCGGAUGUAAAUAUUCAAGAUGAAGGUGGAUCUACACCCUUGAACUGGUGUGCCAGAGAGGGUAACGAAAACAUCUGUAGAUUGUUACUUGAACACAGCGCGGAUGUAAAUAUGAAAGAUUAUUCUGGAGAUACACCCUUGCACUGGUGUGCCAGAGAAGGUAACGAAAACAUCUGUAGAUUGUUACUUGAACACAACGCGGAUGUAAAUAUGAAAGAUUAUUCUGGAGAUACACCCUUGAACUGGUGUGCCAGAAAGGGUAACGAAAACAUCUGUAGAUUGUUACUUGAACACAACGCGGAUGUAAAUAUUCAAGGUGAAGGUGGACGUACACCCUUGAACUGGUGUGCCAGAAAGGGUAACGAAAACAUCUGUAGAUUGUUACUUGAACACAACGCGGAUGUAAAUAUUCAAGAUGAAGGUGGACGUACACCCUUGAACUGGUGUGCCAGAAAGGGUAACGAAGACAUCUGUAGAUUGUUACUUGAACACAACGCGGAUGUAAAUAUUCAAGAUGAAGGUGGACGUACACCCUUGAACUGGUGUGCCAGAAAGGGUAACGAAAACAUCUGUAGAUUGUUACUUGAACACAACGCGGAUGUAAAUAUUCAAGAUGAAGGUGGACGUACACCCUUGAACUGGUGUGCCAGAAAGGGUAACGAAAACAUCUGUAGAUUGUUACUUGAACACAACGCGGAUGUAAAUAUGAAAGAUUAUUCUGGAGUUACACCCUUGCACUGGUGUGCCAGAGAAGGUAACGAAAACAUCUGUAGAUUGUUACUUGAACACAACGCGGAUGUAAAUAUUCAAGAUGAAGGUGGACGUACACCCUUGAACUGGUGUGCCAGAAAGGGUAACGAAAACAUCUGUAGAUUGUUACUUGAACACAACGCGGAUGUAAAUAUGAAAGAUUAUUCUGGAGUUACACCCUUGCACUGGUGUGCCAGAGAAGGUAACGAAAACAUCUGUAGAUUGUUACUUGAACACAACGCGGAUGUAAAUAUUCAAGAUGAAGGUGGACGUACACCCUUGAACUGGUGUGCCAGAAAGGGUAACGAAAACAUCUGUAGAUUGUUACUUGAACACAGCGCGGAUGUAAAUAUGAAAGAUUAUUCUGGAGAUACACCCUUGCACUGGUGUGCCAGAGAAGGUAACGAAAACAUCUGUAGAUUGUUACUUGAACACAACGCGGAUGUAAAUAUUCAAGAUGAAGGUGGGCGUACACCCUUGAACUGGUGUGCCAGAGAAGGUAACGAAAACAUCUGUAGAUUGUUACUUGAACACAACGCGGAUGUAAAUAUUCAAGAUGAAGGUGGAUCUACACCCUUGAACUGGUGUGCCACAUAUGGUAACGAAAACAUCUGUAGAUUGUUACUUGAACACAACGCGGAUGUAAAUAUUCAAGAUGCAAAUGGAUCUACACCCUUUAACUGGUGUGCCACAUGUUGUAACGAAAACAUCUGUAGAUUGUUACUUGAACACAAUGUGGAUGUAAAUAUUCAAGAUGAAGUUGGAAAUACACCCUUGAACUUGUGUGCCAUAUAUGGUGACGAAAACCUCUGUAGAUUGUUACUUGAACACAACGCGGAUGUAAAUAUUCAAGAUGCAGAUGGAUAUACACCUUUGCACUUGUGUGCCAGAGAGGGUAACGAAAACCUCUGUAGAUUGUUACUCGAACACAACGCAGAUGUAAAUAUUCAAGGUAAAGAUGGCUCUACCCCGCUGCACCUGUCAGCUCGUAGAAAAAGAGAUUGCAGUAAGAUAAUCGAUCUCCUGGUGAAGUAUGGGGUACAAAACAUAAACAUCCAUGAUGCAGAAGGUUUGACUCCUCUUCAAGUGGCCCGGAGACAUGGUAACUCGCAAGCUGUGAUGAAGCUUGUUGACCUUGAAGCUGAUAUUAGUGUGGUUAUAGCUGAUUAA